AUUUAUAAUUUUUAUUAGUUUUGAGAAUAUUUUAACUAUGCUAAAAUGACCUUAGUAAUAUAAUACUUUUUUAAAAAUAGGAUUUGAAAAAUGAUCCAUAAAUGGGUACAUCGUAAAUGAAAAAAAGUAAAAAACCUAGAAUUGUUAGUUUUCCUUUAAAUUAAUGCAUUUUUUAAAUAAUGAAUACAUUAAACUUUGCUUUAUUUUAUUUUAUCAAUGCUGUUGCAUGCCAUCAUGAUCAUAGUCGUUCAAAAAAUAUGUAUGACAAAUUAUCUAAUCAAAUUAUUGGUAAAAUUAAUAAGGCUAAAAACGAAUAUACUUCUUGCUAUACAAAAAAUGGAACUUGUUUUUAUCCAAAUAUUUUGAAUGAUUUAGAACCAUUCAAAAAUGGUAUUACUCGUGAAAUGAUUACUGGAGCAGCAGACAAAGGAACUCGGUACAUGAUAUAUAACCAUGAUGUAUACAGAGAAGCAAAAUGUAUGUUUCCUGCUCGUUGUGAAGGUAUUGAAUAUUUUUUAAGUAAAAUUCAAUUAAAUACACCAGAUGUAGAGUUUAUUUUAAAUACACGAGAUUGGCCUCAAAUUAUAAAACAUUAUGGUGAUCCUAAACCUGUUUUUUCUUUUAGCAAGACAGAUGAUUAUGCUGACAUAAUGUAUCCUGCAUGGUCCUUUUGGAGUGGAGGACCAGCAAUCAAACUUCAUCCAUCCGGACUUGGCCGGUGGGAUUCUCUUAGAAAAUCUAUUUUAAAACAGGCUGAACAAUGGCCAUGGAAAAACAAAAUUAACAAAGGAUUUUUUAGAGGUUCAAGGACUAGUGAACAACGAGAUCCACUCAUACUUCUAUCAAGAAAUCAACCAGAACUAGUUGAUGCAGCAUAUACAAAAAAUCAAGCAUGGAAAUCAGACAAGGAUACACUUUUUGCUCCACCGGCUGAUGAAAUAUCAUUAGAAGAUCAUUGUCAAUAUAAAUAUCUAUUUAAUUUUCGUGGCGUUGCAGCUAGUUUUCGUUUCAAACACCUCUUCUUAUGUAAAAGUUUAGUUUUUCAUGUUGGUGAAGAUUGGAAAGAGUUUUUUUAUCAAUUCAUGAAACCUUGGUAUCAUUAUGUACCAAUAAAUCCAAAUGCAUCCGAAAAAGAUAUUAAAAAUAUUUUAGUAUUUUUCAAAGAACAUGAUGAUUUAGCCAAAGAAAUUGCUGAACAAGGUUAUCGAUUUAUUAGAACCCAUUUGAGAAUGAAGGAUAUUACUUGGUAUUGGGAAACAUUAUUACAAGAGUAUGCCAAAUUAUUAAAAUAUAAGCCCAAACUUGACAAUGAACUUAACCUAAUUAAUAGGUGAUCUUUUAAUAGGUAAAUAAAUGAAUGUUUUCUGUAUUUAAAAAAAUAAUAAAAUAAUUUUGGCAAUAUUGCAGACUGAACUUAAAAAAAUUGUAUUAAUUUUACAUAAUCCAAAGUAUUAAUGUACAUUAUGUCAAGAAUCUUUCAUUAAAGAAUAGUUUAUCAUAA